AUGGGUACGUCAAGCGAAGUUUCCCUCGCACACCACAGGGAUAUCUUCCACUACUACGUUUCGCUAAAGACUUUUUUCGAGGUCACAGGUGAGAAUCGCGAUAGGUCGAAUUCGACACGGGCUCAAAAGGCCAGAGCCAAACUGUUGAAGCUGUCUUCGUCCCAAUUUUACGAGCUGAGUACGGAUGUAUCUGACGAGCUACAGAGAAGGAUUGGCGAGGAUGCUAACCAACCGGAUUAUCUUUUGCCGAAAGCAAAUUUUCACAUGAAGAGGAACCAGGCUAGGCAGAAACUGGCCAAUUUGUCACAGACUCGAUUUAACGAUUUGUUGGACGAUAUUCUUUUUGAGAUUAAGAGGAGAGGUUUUGACGAAGACUUGGACGCACCACCGCCACCGCCACCGCCACCACUACAGCCGAUGAAACAAGAAGUAGACAAAGAUAGCGACGAUUUCGCGAGAGCGUCCACAAAUUCUUCCUCUGUGGCUCAGGUGGCUCCAAACGUCACUGUACAACCUUCUUUAGUCAUCCCGAAGAUGGCGUCUAUCGAUUGGUCUUCUGAGGAGGAGGAAGAAAAUGUAACAAAGGCAAAGCCAAGCAGAUCAGAGGAAAAAACACCAAGUACAGAUGGAAAGAAAGAGGCCAAACCAGCCCUAGACCCUAUCGUUACAGAUGCCACUGUGUCAGACUCUCAGGUUCUUGCUCGUGAUAUUACAUCAAUGGCAAGAACUCCAACAACGACACAUAAGAAUUACUGGGACGUCAACGAUUCUCCAAUCAUUAAGGUAGAUAAUGACAUUGAUAAUGACAAGAUACUCGAACAGUUGAGAAGCCCCGAGGCUCAACGAUCUGAAGACGAUAAAUCUGGCUCAGACAUGAAAGAGAAAGUUAAAGAGUUAACUGGCUUGAACAGCGAUUUGCACUCUGAAAUCAAGAAUUUGAAUGCGAAAUUAGCAUAUUUAACGAGCGAGAAGGAAAAGGAAAAGGAGAAGGAUUUGAAAAACAGCCACACGAUUGAUGAAAGUUUCCAAAAAGAACUAUUGUCCUUGAACGCUCAAAUCGGCGAAUUAUCAAUUGAAAAUGAAAAUUUGAAGCAGAAAGUUUCAGAAUUCGAAAUACACCAAAAGAAGAGCGGCAACCAUGAUGAUAUAAAAAUUACUGAUGCUUUUAUUAGCAAGUACUCUUCUGUUGAUGGACUCAUCCCCGUUCAAUACAUCUUAAAUGCCAACAACCUGAUAACUCAAUUCACCACUAGGCUUUCCACGGUACCCACCGGCGACUCUGCGGCAAUCUCUCAUCAAAUUGGCAAGGAAUUGUUUCAAAUAUUAUCCCAACUAGCGAGCUUAAUUUCCCAGUUAUUACUAUUAGCAGACCUAUUACAAUAUAAAGAUCAGGUCAUUCUUUUGAAAGCGUCCUUAUCACAUGCGAUCACUUCGAUAAGGUAUUUCUCUGUCUAUGGUCCUGUAUUAGUUCCAAAGAUAACCGUUCAGGCUGCUAUUUCCGAGAUUAGUUUUGCUAUAUGCAAUCUAGUUGAUUCAGCGAAGAUUAAGCUUGAUUCAAAUUCUAGUGGCACCACCGCUAAUGAAGUUGACCGACAAACAUUAGAAUAUUCUCCAUCCACGAUAACUACACCGAUGACACCAACCUUCCCUUCAACUUCUUCUGCGAUAAAUAUGAAGAAAGGGUUUGUAAAUCCACGAGAAUCGGCAUCUUUCUUGAAUGAUGUGGAGGAAGAAGAAUCUCCCGUGAAACCAUUGAAGAUCACUCAAAAGGCAAUUAAUAGUCCGAUUAUAAGACCAUCAUCAUCCGGUGGAGCUCCAACAACUUCAAGGAAACCUUCAGGAACGGGGCUGUUUAGUUUGAUGAUUGAUUCGUCUAUUGCAAAGAAUAAUUCCCAUAAAGAUGAUAAAGAUAAAUACGUUUCCCCUAUAAAGCCUGCAACGUCCACUGCUGACUCUGUAAACAACAAUAUAUCCGAAAUUCCUAAACUCAUGCUACCUCCACAGGGCGAAAUUAGUAUCGCUAUUCCAUCGUCAGAGAAUCAAAUCCCCAAUAUCAAAAUCGAACAUACAGAAGAGAACAACAGAAAUCCAGUAGGGAACGACACAAGCUCAGUAGGAAACAACAAAAGUACAGUAGGGAACAACAAAAGCUCAGCAGGGAACAACAGAAGUACAGAAGAAAACAACAAAAGUACAGAAGAGAACGUCAACAGUACAGAAAUGAACGACAGAAGUUCAGUAGGGAACAACAAAAGUACAGUAGGGAACAACAAAAGCUCAGCAGGGAACAACAGAAGUACAGAAAUGAACGACAAAAGUACAGAAGAGAACGUCAACAGUACAGAAAUGAACGACAGAAGUUCAGUAGGGAACAACAAAAGUACAGAAGAAAACAACAAAAGUACAGAAGAGAACGUCAACAGUACAGAAAUGAACGACAGAAGUUCAGUAGGGAACAACAAAAGUACAGAAGGGAAUGAAAAAAGUAGGGAAAAAACCGGUGAAACCCCAGCUAUCUCGACUUCGAGCAUUGCUGAUAAACUAAAACAAUUUGAACAAAACUCGGAAAAGAAAAAUUCAAUAAAGGAAAAUUCUAUACCAAAUGAACAGGUAAAAUCGAAAUCUAAAAUAUCCAAUAAAUUUAUUAGUUCAAUAAAUGAUAUGUCCACAGAUGAUGAUUUGAGUUCUGAUGGUAGCGAAAAUAACAAUUUAGAUGAUGACGAUGAUUUUACAUAUAUGGCGUUGAAGCAAACAAUGAAGAGAGAAGGUUUAAAAAACGAGAAAAAAAUUGAGAACAAAUUGCCUGCAAAUAUUAUAGAACUUGAUUUAAAUGAAUCGCCGGAGUCAGUAAAGAUUGAAUCUCCAGAGUCGAUAAAGAAAACUGCAUCUUCGAAAAUGUCUCCAGAAAUGAUAAGAAAGACUGCAUCUCCAGAAAUAGUUAAAAGCGUUUUAUCUCCAGAAAUGAGAAAGAAGUUAUCAUCUAAAAAAUUCACUAAGAACAUUGACUCUUCAGAUAUGAUAAAAAACGUCACAUCACCAGAAUCAGUCGAGAAGAAUAAGCCUUUAGAAUUAGCGGGGAAGGUUGACUCUUCAAGUAUGAUAGAUAAGAUUAAAUCUUUGAAUAGGACAGGAAAAACUGUAACUACAGAAGCAGUCGAGUCUCCAGAAGAGACCAGGGAGUCGACGUCACCAUUAGUUGGGAAAACUGAAUCCACAAUGACAAUAAAUGGCAAGGGGUCCUUAGAAGGAGCAAAUAAUGCUAUUCCUCCAAGAAUAAAAAUGAAAGCUAAAUUAACAAAUGAAAACGAAAAGACUUCGCAUUUGGACCCAUUAGAUAAUUCCGAACCGCAAGAAAUAGUAAGAAGCAUUCCAUCCCUCGAAACUAUAAAAAAGAUCGAACCGCAAGAAAUCACCAGAAGUGCUCUAUCCCCAGAAGCUAUAAAAAAGAUUGAACCGCAAGAAAUCACUAAAGACAUUUCAUCCCCAGAGGCGAUAAAGGAGACCAAAUCCCAAAAUAUGUUGAAAAAGAUCGUAUUUCCAAAAUCAAUUAUGAAAACUGAACCAACAGAACUGGCCAGAAAGGCCUUAUUUUCAGAGACACCGGAAAAGAACGAAUUACCAGAAAUGAAAAGUUAUAAUUUAUCUCCUGGGGCGUUAAAGAAUUCACCUCCAGGAUCAAUAGAGAAAACUGUUGAGCUACCAGGAAACAACAAAUCGCACAUCGAUACUACUAAGUCCAUGGAGCCUGCCGACACGAACACAAAGGACAGAGAGCUCAAUAAUUUCCGGGCAAACGUCAAUUUAAACCCGACGAUCAAACAAGAGGAAGAAAAUGGAGAUUUUAGUCGAAUAAACUACAAUACUGAAAAUGUUGCUGCCAAAAUAGAAAUUGAUAAACAUCAUUUUAAUAAAAUGUCUGAUAAUGACAAAUCGAAAAGUAUAUCUCAGGUGCAUACUUCCCAGAAAGAUUCUGAUGAAUCACCUGAUAAUUAUAGAAGAAAAUCCAAUGCCCAGUUACAUACCGCCGAAGAACAGCAUGGUCCUAUAAAACCAAUCGAGAACUUACAGACAAACAAGGCGAACCGCUUACCAAUUUCUAAUAGCAAACUGGUUAAUGGUGGAUAUUUAAAAUUAGACAGCAGCGCUCCCAAUGAUGUGAAGAUGAAAAAUACCGCAGAAACCAUGGUACACGACGAGAAACACUAUAGUGACGACGAUGAUUCUAGUUACCAAUUUAUUCCCAUGAAGCACGAAGAACAAGAAGAAGAACAAGGUGCAAGGUAUUGGAGUGAGCAAGAAGAAGAAAGUGAAGACGACGAUGACGAAGAAGAAGACAGUGAUUUUGAUGUAGACACAUUUGAUAUUGAAAAUCCAGAUAACACUUUAUCGGAGCUAUUGUUGUACUUAGAACAUCAGACAAUGGACGUUAUAUCUACGAUUCAAUCACUAUUGACAUCAAUCAAGAAACCGCAGGUGACAAAGGGCAAUUUGAGGGGAGAGUCCAAUGCGAUAAACCAAGUAAUAGGACAGAUGGUUGAUGCUACUAGUAUAUCAAUGGAGCAAAGCAGGAACGCCAAUUUGAAGAAACACGGUGAUUGGGUAGUACAAAGUCUAAGGGAUUGUUCGCGUAGGAUGACAAUUUUGUGUCAAUUAACCAAUGACGGAGUGCUAGCGAAGGAUAAGAGCGAUCAAGAUUACGCUGAUAAAAACUUUAAACAGCGGUUGGCGGGAAUUGCGUUUGAUGUGGCCAAAUGUACCAAGGAGCUGGUAAAAACGGUGGAAGAGGCGAGUUUGAAGGACGAAAUAAAUUAUUUGAAUGCAAAGUUGAAGUAA